AUGUCGCUCUCCGUUCCACGUCAAGCUGUGUACUAUGUGAAGCAGGUAGCCGCGGGGCGAACCAUUUCUAACGUCCAAGUGGUUUCUCCGUGCCAGAAACAAGGGUUAGUUACGGCGGAAACGGACCCCAAACGACAAUUUCCUAUUCAGAAACGGCUACGUGACCGCAUUCGAGGUGCUCAACGCGAAGACCCAAGUGCACACUUCUCUGGAGCAACUGAGCACUAUUCGCAACGCCGACGUGCUCAUUUUCAACAAUGCUCUUUCAAAGGUAUGCGCGGUUUCUUCUUUUGACAAUCUCAUCUAAACGUUGUCAGAUUUGUCAGAUAAAUCAUGCGCGGUCGGGUCAGUUGAUGUGACAUUGAAAAACGUGGUUUCUUCUUGUUGUCUGUCUGAUGGUGUCCAUCUCGAGAUUCUUUAGCUGUUUGAUUUCGUAGGGCUUAUGCAAUAGUAGAAGUACACAAUAUCAGUUCUAUAACUGAAAGAAAUGGCGAAAAAGAAUAAACUGUGUUCCAAAGAACAUGAAUUGUACUUUCGACCUAUCAGCAAAUAGUCGAAGAAGAUGGGGAUUUUAUCGCGGAAACAAAGUGUCGCCUUGUCCGUCUUCGAAAUCACCCCAUAUUCUUGGCAAACUGUUAUCAUUUCACCAUUGACACUUAUCAGCAGACAUCCAAGUGGUCAGAUAGUAGCGAAUAAUGACCGCGGAAGAAAAUAGCGAUAGGAGAAAAGAGACGGCGACAGUUAGCUACGAUUACCAGUGUGUGUGUGUGUGAUAAGGAAGGAAGUGAACUAUGAAUGGGAUUACAAAAUUUUUUCUUUAUUCUUAAGAGAAAUACUGAUUCAUCUUAUUCAUUGUCAUAGUAAAUGCGUUCAUUAUGAUGAAAACUAACAAAGAGCAACAAGAAACUCGCAAAAAUUUCUAUAGGUCACCGAAAAAAUAGCUUUUUUUUGAAAAAUGGCUGCUCGUGCGUGCUUUUUGUGUCUCUUUGUUAGUUUACAUCGCAAUGUACUCAUUCUCAAAAAAUCAAGUGAAAUGAAUCAGUAAUCGUCCGGCGGCACGCAUAUGAAGUUUUGGCGCACAGAAGAAGGCUCGGAGAGCGCGCGUCUUGGCUGUUCCGAGACUUUAGAUGCGUGCCGUCGGAUGAAUACUGACUCAUUUCACUUGAAUUUUCGGGAACUAGCUCAUUAUGAUGUAAACUAACAAAGAGACGCAAAAAGCACGCACGAGCAGUCAUUUUUUGAAAAAAGCUGUUUGGGCAGUGACCCCUAGACAUUUCUGCGAGUUUCUCGUUGCUGCUUGCGAGUUUCAAUCAUAAUGAAGUCAUUCCCAAAAAAUUAGGAAAAAUGGAUUGGUAUUCUUCGAACAGCACGCAUCAGAAGUUUUGGCGCGCGGAAAAAGACUUUGCAAGCAUGCCGCCGGCCGGCGAAAUAACGGAACGACGGCCGAACUUUCUUCCUCCCUCCACUGCGCCCCGAAGAAGGGUGUUCUUUUUCAAUUUCCUGUUGCAGAUCGUCAACAACGCUGAUCUCCUCACCGACUUCUUGAAGAAGGCCACCAACGCCACCGCUAUCGGCGGAAUAGUCAUCAUCCGCGAGGAUCUGAGUAAGAAUUCGGGAGAUUAUGGUCAGAAAUAGAUUCUGUAAUGUUACAGAGAACGCCGAGAAGCGUCAAGUGGCUCGUCUGACUGACUAUUUCGACGUGUUCCGCACCACCGACACCGAUGGCACCAACGCGGGUCUCGACCUGUACACGGUCGACCAAGUGCAGAAUUCUGCGUUUGUCGAGCACAACUUCCUCGAUUUCAUCUUUGUUUUCCGCAAGAAAGCGUUCGCUCCAUCGACAGACGCCACCAUCACUUUCCGCGAUUUUCUCGACAAAACCCAGUACACGAAUACUGGAAUCGAUGCGUACGAGUGGAUGUUCGGUGUGAACUUCAUCUCGCCCGGAGGAUAUCAGGAGAAUCUGAAGAUCAUCAAGCGAUUCGGAGACUUGAAGCCAGGACAGACGAUGCUAGACAUCGGAGUCGGAAUCGGAGGAGGUGCUCGUCAGGUUGCCGAUGAGUUCGGAGUGCACGUGCACGGAAUCGAUCUCUCGUCGAACAUGCUGGCGAUUGCGUUGGAGAGACUUCACGAGCAGAAGGACGCCCGCGUCAAGUACUCCAUCACCGACGCACUCGUCUAUCAGUUCGAGAACGACUCGUUCGACUAUGUGUUCUCUAGAGAUUGCAUUCAACACAUUCCGGACACCGAAAAGCUGUUCUCCAGAAUUUACGUAAGCGUGGAGGACAGUUCAUUCACACGUUUUCAUAUGUUUUCUUUUUUCAGAAAUCCCUGAAACCAGGAGGCAAAGUGCUCAUCACAAUGUACGGAAAGGGAUACGGUGAGCAGAGCGACAAGUUCAAAACCUACGUGGCACAGCGAGCCUAUUUCCUCAAGAACCUCAAGGAGAUUGCUCAAGUGGCCGAGAAGACUGGAUUCAUCAACGUUCAAACCGAGAAUAUGACGCCAAGAUUCAAGGAGAUCCUCCUCGAGGAGAGAUCCCAUCUCGAGCAAAACUCGGAGGAGUUCCUGUCGGUUAGUUUAUCAAAUUUCAAUUUCAGUCCACCAAAAAAGUUGCUCUUGUUUUGUUCAGAAGUUUACGGAGUAUGAGAAGGACGCGUUGACGUCGGGAUGGACCGACAAGCUCGGAUACAUCGAGAAGGACAACCACAACUGGAACUUCUUCCUCGCCCAGAAGCCGUUCCCAAAGUGA